AUGACGACGAUCUCCGAUCUUCCGUGGGAUUUGGUAGAAGAAAUACUCUCUAGGGUUAGGGCUCCGAUAACUUCUUUAGGAGCUGUGAGAUUCACUUGCAAAAGAUGGAACGCUUAUUCCAAAGAACGAGAAGCAAAACAACAGUUUGUAGGGUUCAUGAUGAAGAACUUUAGGGUUUGUUCAGUGAGAUUUGAUGUCCAUGGAAUCCUCCACAAUGAUGACGUUCAUGAAGAAUUUUUUCAAUCAACAAAGAAGCUAGGUAAUGUACAUAACCAAGUUGAAGUAUCUCAAGUUUUUCACUGUGACGGCUUAUUGUUAUGCGCCACAAGGGGCAAUACUGGCCUCGUAGUUUGGAACCCGUAUUUGGGACAAACCAGAUGGAUCAAACCAAGAAACACCUACCACAUAUUAGAUAAGUCUGAUUCAUGGAGGGUUCGCAACGUUACUCCCGACUGGGAUAGAGGUUUAUAUCCAGGCGCAUCGUUGAAUGGAAAUGCUUACUUUUUGGCUUGUGCACCUGAAGGGGAUGGUACCUUAGUCUGUUUUGAUUUCACAAGAGAGAGCUUUGGACAGUUUCUUCCUCCGCCAUCGUCUUAUUGUUAUUAUGAUUCUUACAUAACUAUGUCUUCGCUUAGAGAAGAGAAGCUCGCGGCUUUAUUUCAGGACAGGACUCAUUGUGAGAUGGAGAUUUGGGUUACAGCUAAGAUUGAGCGCAAUGAGGAAGUUUCAUGGAGCAAGUUCUUGAAAUUUGAUUUUCAGUUUGAUUAUACAGUUGACAGUUUCUUCGUCGAGGAAGAGAAGAAACUCGCUGUGGUUUUUGAUUUAGAAAAAUCUAAUGAAAGUACCAAACACCGCCUCGGCAACGCAGCUUAUGUCAUUGGAGAGAAGGGAUGUUUGAAAGUAGUGAAUCUUGGAGAAUCUAAUGGGUGUUGUAUCCCACUUGUGUGCUCAAGCUCUUAUGUUCCAAGCUUGGUGCAAGUCAACAGAGAGUUACAAGAGACAAAAUGA